AUGAGCGACGGAUCGCCCGACUGCAGCAAGGACGAGACGCUUGCCAACAACGAGCCCAACAAGACCCAAGUAACCCUACUUGGCAACAACAGACUAGAGCGCUGGACGCCCAGAUUGAACGACGAAUUAGUGCUCGAGAUAACCCCGAACGAAUCCCACUUCGGGAUAAGCGAAUCCCCCUACCAAUCUGAAGAACCUGACCAGAUCGAAGACGACUAUGUGGAUGCGACCCUACAAGACGUAGUCAGCAUCGAUGACACUAGUUCCGAGGAGGACCAGGAACGACAAGACAGGAUCCGACACCUGACAGAAAUCCUUCAGUACCAAGAAAUUGAUCCUUACGAUGAUAACCAACAACUAUAUUUCUUCGGGAUACCAGCCAAGAAGAGGAAAACAUACUUUGAAUCUUCCAUCCAAGCCAACGACCACCCAAUCCUCGACCCAAGAGCUAAGAAACACUAUGACUUAUUUUGGGGACAAUGCAUUAUUGACAGCUGCAAGCUGCACGUCGUCAACAAACACGAAUACAAAUUCUACCCACGCAGAUAG